UCUCCUCGGCGAUUCCACCGGAAGUACGCAACAGCCGUUCACAAAGAAAGCUGGGUAACGGAGUCUACAGAUCUCUCAGACCAACAGAGAACUCAUCGACCCUCGCCGGAAAGACAAGCGCUCCUAAAGGCAAAUGCAUCCUGGGCAAUGAAGUCCUCAAAAGGCAUAUCCCUUUGCGCUUGCGCAGCUGAAGGCGACAGCGGUCAACCUCGUAGAGGUUUGAGUGACAUUUCUCCAUCUACAAGCCUUCCACCUCUGGUUGAAGGCCAGCUACGCUGCUUUCUGAGACUUACUGUUAAUAAAGUCAUAUGGAAGAUUGCAAAGCCUCCCACUUGUGUACUUGUCCGAGUGAGAUGGUGGGGAGAAACAUCAGAUGGAACCCUUUUUUGUCCCAGGGACGCAUUGCAGACUGAACCAAAAGCUGUCAGAACAACUACACGUUAUGCUGUUCGCUGUGGUCCAAAGCAGUUUACCUCUUAUCUAACUGAUAUGGCUGUGCUGGUGCUGGAAGUAAUCACCAAACUUGAUCAUCUUCCAAUUGGUAGAGUUCAGAUCAGUGGACUAGCUCAGCUUUCUCCAACCCAUCACAUCAAUGGAUUUUUUACCAUUGUUUCACCAACAUCUAAGAAACUUGGAGAACUCCAGGUCUCACUUGCUCUGGAGCCUCUGUCAGAAACUUAUGACAGCUACAAUCCUCUUCCUACCACUGACAUGACAGAAAAUGUGGUUUUAUCUGAGCAGGAAUUCAGAGAAUACACUGAACCCAACAAUACUCAGUUUCUGGUUCCAUCAAGGCCUCGUAGGAUACCUACCACCAAAAUGGACGGAAAAGAGUUAACAGCUAACAGUAGUAGAUCAACCACUCCGAGGGGAAAGGACCACUUGUACUUUGCAGAGAACUCUGAUACCAUAAAGGAUUCUUCCUUUGGACUACAACACCAUCUUAAUUCAGGACAGAGUUUAGAGUGUAUGACUCUGAAAGGCAGAGCCCCACGGAAGCAGAUGUCCCUUCUUAACAGUUCUGAAUUCCAGCCUCAAAUUACAACAGUGGCCAAGAGUCACAGUGACUCAUGCAUUGUUUCUUCAAACAACCCCCCUACCAAGGACCUUCUUUCAGCUCUGUUAGAACAAGGCAAUAAACUGCGUAAUGCCAUGGUGAUUUCUGCAAUGAAAUCGAGCCCAGAUACUAGCAUGUUGUUAGAUGAAGUUCAUCCUCCCAUGAAGGAAGAUUUCCUCAGAGCCUCAACACACCACUCAGAAAGUACUUUUCCAUACCAUAGAAUCAAAGCCUUGUCUAAGAACCAAUUUAAAGACCACACAGAAGAUCACCUCCUCCCUCCAACUAAGAGUACAUUUUGGAAACAUGACACAAAAGCUGACACCAGAGCCAUACAGCUGCUCUUGGGCAGUGCUGAAUUAUCCCAAGGUCAUUACUGGAAUGGGCUAGGCUCUCCUCCAGAUUCCCCAUCUCCUGGGAGUGAUGUGUAUUGUAGCAGUGAGCUGAAUGACCCUCAGUAUGACCAGAGUCUCUUGGAGAGCUUAUUUUACACGGUACCUAAAUCGGAUACCAGCAUCAGUGAUUUCUUCAGUGAAGACGAUAUUGUCUCUUCUAAAAAAAUGAACCAGUCAGAAGCUCUUGCCAUAUCUCCCAAGGUUCUGGAGUCAAAUGAUAAGUUGAAAAAGAGGGCAGCGGGGAAGAAAAAUAGAAAUUUGGUUGAACAACAGAUAUCAGAAACUCCAGAAGAUGCCCGAGUGAUGACACUAAGUGUGGAUAGACUGGCCCUUUUGGGUAGAACACAUUCCGUCAGAAUUAUCAUCGAAACAAUGAGGGUCCCUCCAGAUAGUCCUCAGAUGACCUCUGGCAAAAAAAGCUUUUCUGGGAGACCACCUAAUGUGACAGCAACAACAAAGCGCACCUACUUUGUGGAAUAUCACUUUCCUGUGGGCUUUUCUAAAGGUGGAUUGGGAAAAACAGCUUUGAUCACUGAGGUCGUUCGACUUGCCUCCAGUAAAAUUAGAGAUGGAAUGGUGAAAUUCCAGCAGCGAUCUGUGUUUCCAGUACAGUUUGGUGGCCCAAUGAUAGAACACUGGUGGAAUUCCAACCUCACUUUCCAAAUUUACACAAAGAAAACCCCACAGAAAAAGCCAGAAGUCAUUGGAUCUGCAUCAAUGCCUUUACGAAGUGUCAUUCAGUCUGAGUUGCUUUCUUUCAGUAACCAGCUUCCAGUGCAACAGGAAAAUGGUCAGACUCCACUUGGCCCCCUUAAGGUAACUGUGGAGCUUGUUAUACAUAACAAGGAUUUCACUUGUGUGAAUACUAAAUUACGUAACAGCACCCAACAUGGCCCACUUUGUACUCUUACAAGUCCAGAUAAGACAUUAUCAGAACCUGGUCAACAUGUUACCUGUACUAAAAAUCCAGAGAACCUAAAUCAAAUUCACGAAGAAGUUGCAAAGAAAGUACAGAAUUUGAUACUCUCCAACCCAAAGUCACCAAGCCCUGCUGUGCCAAAUCCUUCAACCUUCAUGGCUGUGCCAGCCUCUCACAAUUUAGCAAAUCAGACAGAUGGGUCAACAAAAGAGAGUGCUUUGCUGUUGCAUGUGCUGUUGAUGGUGGCCGAUGGGAAAGAUUUCAUUACUGGAGAAUCUGACAAACCUCCGCCAUGCAAUGUUUAUUUAAAUUGCAAACUUUUCAGCACAGAGGAAGUCACCAGAUCUGUCAUCGCAUGGGGCACAACACAACCAGUCUUCAACUUUUCUCAGGUGAUUCCUGUCUCUCUGUCUUCCAAAUACCUGGAAAGGCUGAAGAACAAUGUGAUGGUAAUUGAAACUUGGAACAAGGUGCAGAGCCCAGGACAGGACAAGUUGCUCGGGCUGGUGAAACUCCCCCUCCAUCAGUUUUACGUGUCAUUCAAAGAUCCCAAAAUUUCUCGCCUGCUGCUUGAUGCUCAGUACCCAGUUGUUGCUGUUGACAGCUACAUGCCUGUGAUUGAUGUGUUCUCAGGCCACCAAAAUGGGAGUCUUCGCGUCUUUUUAGCCAUGGGUUCUUCAGAUCAGAUAAUGGCACUACAAAGAUUAAAGAAUGAAGAAGGAACACUUCCACCCUUCAGCCCUAGGCCAGCCCAUUUUCUGGACCAGCCGUCUAUAGCAUCUGUUACUAUGGCAGAGGACCAAAGAAAUGGAUUGAUGGAGCAUCACUUUGAGCUCCACGUAGAGAGCGUUAAAGGGCUAGCCCCUCUUCAGGCAACAGUCUGGGGAGAAGCAGAUUGUUAUGUCCAGUACUACUUUCCAGUUCAAGACUCUCAAUCCAGUGUGCUAAAAGGACCUGAGUUCCUUGAAAACGGAAUCUCUUUGAAGCCUUUCAGAUCUGCAACCACACUCUGUGUUCCAGAUCCCAUCUUUAAUAGUGAGCACCAUCACUCUCUCCUGUUGCCAGCUGAAGUUCCAGUGCAAAGGCUUCUGCUGAGUGUCUUCUCUGCACAGGGGCCCAUGCCUGGAGGUGGAGUCCAGUUUGAAAUCUGGUGCAGAUACUAUUAUCCUAACGUGAGAGACCAGAUGGUUGCCAGAGGAACCUUGCCAUUAUCGAGGAUCUGUGCCAUGGUAACCAUGCAGCACCAUGAGGAUGUGGGAAUACAGACCUUUAAUCUCCCUUUAACUCCCAGGCUUGAGAACAGGAAGGAACUGAGGAACCAGUCAUCAGGUUUACUGGAUGUGGGCCUAAAAUACAGGCGUACUCCAAGAACAGCAGAGGGAGUUCUUGCUGCCCGAGCUGUCUCUAUUUCAGUUGAGAUAAUCAGAGCCUGUGGUCUGCAAGCAGCAGCCAAGGCUUUGGCUGAGCUGGAACCCGCUCUACAGUUCAGUGCCACAGUUGGGGUCAAUGCUUUUGUCACCACUCAUCUCUCCUUCCUGCCCAAGGGAGAACAGCGCCGAACCCGCCCUGUAGCUUGUUCCUUCUGCCCUGAGUUCUCCCAUCAUGUUGAAUUUUCAUGUAAUUUGGUGACUCAGCACUGUAGUGGAGAGGCCUGUUUCCUGGCAGAGCUGUUGGAGUUUGCAGAGGUCACCUUUGCUAUUUAUCAUGAAGAUACCAAGUCAGCCACUGAUAUAACCAGUAUUCAGUCAAUCAGAGAUUAUCUGCUUGGAGUAGUAAAGGUUCCUACAAAAGAGCUGCUGGUCAAAAGAUCUGGGAUCACAGGAUGGUAUCCUAUCAUUUUACCAGAAGAUGGGGCCCUGCCUCACUGUUUGGAGCUCAUGCAGAAGAUUGUGGGUGGCCUAGAACUUUCAGUUUCCUUCACACAUCCUGGAGAUAGAGAGCGGGUGUUGGAAGCUGCUGAGCUAUUGGGCUGGAGCUUUGAGAAUAACCUGAAGAAUCUUGUCACGAUGGAUGAAGAGGAGCCAGCCACUGUCACCAUAUCCACCCCAAGGCUCUGGCUGCCCAUCCAUUGUGUGCUUCUUGCCGGCCAAAAGCACAUUCAUAAGAACAUACACUGCUACCUCCGCUACAAAUUUUAUGAUCAUGAAGCCUUCUGGACCCCUCUCAAGAAGCCUAAAGAAUCUACAAACAAAAAGCAGGUCAUGGUUACUUUCAAGGCAUCCAAAAGAGCAGAAGUCAAUAGGGGCCCGUCACUGCUUUGGUAUUUCAGGGAAGAGAGGUUAGAGGUCCAAGUGUGGCGGGCUUAUGGCAAUGACAGUGUGGAGAGGCCCCACCAGACAGACAGUUGGAUUGGCUCAGCCUAUGUGGACCUGGUCAGACUUGGGGAAAGGUCAGCAAGGACAUUAACUGUCAGUGGUGUGUAUCCUCUGUUUGGACGAAAUGCUUCCAACCUCUCAGGAGCUGCCUUGCGAGUUCACGUGGUUCUUUCCUCUCCUUCCCCACACCCUGGGCCUGCUCAUGAACUGGAUUCUGUGGACUGCAGCAGCCACAGUGAGUCUGAGCAGUUCCCCAGAAGGCAUGAUGAGAUCCAGCGCUCUCCAUCACCUGACCACCAGAAGUCUCCUGCCUCCACCCAGGUCCCCUGCAACACCACCACAGGGGAAGUCUGCCCAGCCCAGGAGGGCCCAGAUGAGUUGGAUGGAACUUUUGCAGUUAGUAUCCUGGUAGAAAGAGCGAUGCAUUUGAGCUUAAAAGGGAUCCCCUUGACAGAGCGGAAAGUAUUGAUGCCCAGUUGCUGUGUAUCCUUUGCAACAGCUGAUGAGCCAUCUCCUGUCUUCACCCACGUGGUUGAAAACACAGAUUCCCCCAUCUGGAAUUUUCAACAGCAGUCAAGGCUAUCAAAAGAGUUUCUUUUGGACCCACAACAAACUCUGGUCUUCAAAGUUUGGCAUAAAGGAGAUGAGGAGAGGGUGAUUGGCUUUGCCUCAGUGGACCUCUCCCCGCUUCUUUCUGGCUUCCAGUUUGUCUGUGGCUGGUACAACAUCACAGACUUCAGUGGAGAGUGCCAGGGGCAGAUAAAAGUUGCUGUCUCCCCUCUGGAAAGUUUGGUGCACUUCAAAGAAGAAAGACAAUCAAGACGUGGGAUGGAGACCCCAGGGUCACGGAUCCCAAUACACAGCCCCUUUUCCUUCCCUGCUUCUGGUAUGUAUGCUGCAUUCCCUGGCUGUGUUGCAAGAUGGACCCCAGAAGAACCUGCUCACACCUCAUCAAGGGGACUUGAUUUCUCUUCUCUUACGAGAAGCAGUACUGCAAGAAGUCAGGCAUCACGCCAUGAAGAGCAUGUACAGAACAUCCGCCGAUUUCAUGAAUCCCUGCAGCAGGGAGAGGCAGUUUUGCCACAUGAUGACAAACUGACCACAUUGCCUUUGUCCUCCUCCCACACUUCCAUUCUGACUUCUCUCAGGAGGAAUCUGAGUGAGCUAGAUCAGAUCCAACGGUACUUCAGUCAGAAGCUCACCAAGCCUUUACUUCCCCUCAGUCCUCAGCCUCCUGCCGUCAUGCAGUCCCAGGAGACUCAUAGGGACCAUCCUGGGCCCGGAGCUAGCAGCCUAGAGCCUGACAGCCAGUGCCUUCUGGAGAAAUCCAAUAACCUGGUGUUGCAAGUCAGCUCCUUAAUCACAGAUCUGCAGACCAUCACCAGGAAUUCUCAAGCAUCUUUGAGUUCUCACCAAGCCAGGAGUAGAAGCGGAGAAGUCCCCACCCUACCAGAUGCUCAGGACACAGGGGCCAUGCAGGAACGAAGAACAGCUCCCAGUAUGUCAUUGGCACAAGUGAUGGAUGAGGGCAGAAACUGCCUAACUCCCCCUACUCUUGAAGAGACUUCAAGCAGAAGAGGACUGCUCCAUGAGUCCCUGGGGCACACAGUACCCGAUACAAGGAUGCAGAGCAGUGAGGAAACUGAGGCAGACCCAGUCUACAGCGAUGAGGACUAUGAAGAAGACAUCAUUGAGCCCAGGACCCUUAAUGACAUCACCACUGUGACAGACAAAACUAGCCCUUGGUCCAGUUUCAUGUCAGACACAAGUGAGAUCAUCAGCCUUCAGCCUGAUGAGGUGCACAGGGAAGGCCCCUCUUGUCCUUCAAAGCCUUUCCCCAGAGAGGAGCUCAAGGGUAAAAGUAGCCCUCUGUCCAGCCCAGGAAGAGCUGUCAACCCCCACCUGCUUAGGCAGGGUUCUCCUAGGCAAAGUCUUGUUGCUUGUGAGGGUGAAGCCUCUCAGGCAAGGGAUGGAGAGCCUGCCUUAACAGACCCGCAGCUCAUCUCACAAGUAACACUCUCAGGAGCCCAACAGAGCAAAACCUCCAUGGGACUGAGCUCACCAAGAGCAGAUCAGGACCAGGAGCCCAAGCCAGAAGCCCAGACUGAGAAUGAAGCUGCCUCCACGGAGCUAAGUGACUCUGCUGAUAGCUUUGAGAAAUUCCCUCUCAGCCUAGCCUCCCAGAGCAGAAAGGAAAGCCAUCAGGGCCUACCCAUCAACUGCCCUGACAUCCAUCAGAAGCAGGCAACAUCUGGAUCAGAGGUGUCCACAAGGCAGAGUCUCCUCCCGGAACCCAUUGUGGUGCCCAACUUCUUUUUGCCUCCUCAGCAGUUGGAGGCCUCCCUGCGGAUCCUUUCACUCUCUACAGCUUUGCCACCGCCGGCCACAACAGAUCAGGCAGUUUUGUACAGUGGCAAGAAGGGUGGCCUAUGAAUCUAGGAAGCCUAAAUUUAAACUUCAGUCACUUAUUAGCUGUGGAACCUCCUGGGGCAAGCUAUCUAACUUUUCUGUGCUUUGGUUCCUUUAUCUGAAUAAGGGGCACCUGGGUGGCUCAGUUGGUUGUGUCCGACUCUUGGUUUUGGCUCAGGUCACGAUCUCACAGUUCAUGAGAUUCUUGCGGUCAAGCCCAUGUCGGGCUCUGCAUGACAGCACAGUGCCUGCUUCAGAUUCUCCCUCUCUCUCUCUCUGCCCCUCCACUCACUCACGUGUGUGUUCUCUCUCUCUCAAAAUAAAUAAGUACACUUUUUUUAAAAAUGGGCAUAAGAGACUUGCCUCCUAGGAUUUGUUUUGUGUAGGAUUAACUAAGAGAUGUAAAGUACAGUUAUUCAUGGCACAUAAGAGAGAACUAUAUGAGUAUUAGUUAUUGUUAUUUUUAUCAUCAUUAUUAUUGAAACGUCUUCCCUCUUACGUUGUUCCACUUUGGAGGGAACCGGUAGGAUGAAAUACUAAGAGAUGAGGGUGUGAUCAAAAGCUUAGGACCAAGAACUGGAAGCUGGGAAGUUAGGCCCCACAGAGCACCCCUGAAAUACGGAGAACAGUUUUCAGGGCUGUAGCAGUUGACUGUGCUCAGUUCAGACCCUGAGUUAGAGGCCCAGGAUGACACACCACUCCCACCGGACGGUGACAGAUCCCUAGCCUCGGAAGUCUCUGCCCCGCUGGUCUGUGAAUCUGAAGCCUUUUAAGUCCGCUGCUUUUCUCACAGAAGCCCAAGGAAUUUCCCUUUCUCGAGCCAGGAGGCAUCUAGGAGAUGUACAAUCCUGGUUGAGAAACCCAGCCUCUACAAAAUCAUCAGAUCACAUCAGCAGGGGCCCAAGGGAACUUCCUGAGCCCAGUGUCCUCUCGCCUCAGCCUGUGGUCUGGGCCUGAUGGCUGAGAUGUCCCUCUUAGGGCAGGAGGCCCUGACAUAUUGCCUCAUUUCUUGGAGCCACUGAGUCCCUAGCCCUCUGCAGGGUGCCAAGAAGAGUCCUAAAGGUCCAAGGGUUUCUGAUAAAGGCCACACAAAGCUUUCAGGAGGAGAUGAGCUCCCUAGCCAAGGGUGUACAGAAGUCAGGGGAAACAGCCAGAAUUGGCUGGUGCCCACCCUGGCCCAGAAUGCAGCUUGGCAAGCACAGUAAGGGAAAGGGCCCACAGGACUCUUGGGCGGGUGCUGGGCUCAAGUUGCCUGAGCUACUCUGAGGCCAGAGUCUGGGAGGCACCAGGACCUCUUCCAGGAGUGUCACUUUAACCCUUCCCUCUCAGGAGUCUGGACUUUUGAGCCCUCUCACUGGCAGGGUGUGGCUUCAGAGGGUUGAGAAGUCUUGAUUUAGUUAGGCCUCUUCAUUCUGUAUGGGGGGGAGGGUGUGAGGACUGAGGCCCAGGGUGAGAGAGUGUGGCUCUAGUCCCUGUGGAAUAGGCCUGUUGUCAGGGAAGGCUUCUCAGAGGAAGAAUAGGGAGGGACCAGGGGGUGGUGAGGAAUGGAGCUCAAAGUGUGGAGCCCAGCCACACUGCAUUUGGGCUGGGUGAUCAAAUUUAGGAUUCGCCUCUCAGGGAUAGGCCCCUGGUCUCUGUCCUGUCCUCACUUCCCCCCUGCUCCUAGUUGCGGCUGCUGAAUCUGCUACUCUCUUUUAGCCUAAGGAAGUCCUAGUCCUAGCCUUCAGAGAAGACCCUGGGAGCCACUCCAAGGGAAGGCACCCAGCCAAGGGGGUGAAAGUUGAGCAAGGCAGGCAGCUGUACUGAGCCCUCACUUGUCUCUGAGGCAGCAAUCCGUUGGCAAGCCCACCUAGCCAGCCGGAAUCAGGGAGCUGUUUACUUUCAGUUUUCAGCUCUUCCAAAAAUUUUGCUUCCAGCUCCUAAAUCAGUGUUUAUGUCACUUAAGGGAACUCCUCUGGAAAAGAACAAACCUUCAGCCCAGAUGCCAGCCCCAGAGGUUCAUUGGGCAGGGGGCAAU